AUGGCUCAAGAUUCAACUUCAACACCUCUGAAUAUCCUCGUAGUAGGAGCAGGUAUUGGUGGAUUGACUGCCGCACUUGGUUUACGCCAACAAGGUCACCAUGUAACAUUAUUCGAGAGAUCACAAUUGGCGAGAGAAGUUGGAGCUGCAAUCCAUCUGGCUCCAAACUGCCAUAGUAUUCUGCGAAAAUUCGGAGUCUACCCAGAAACCUUUGGUGCCAACCCUGUCGAAGGAAUCACUGAGUACACUGGGGAUGGAGACAUCAAGUUUGAUAUGAACUUGAAGGGGCCACUCUCAAUCUGGCAAAAUCCCUGGGUUCUAUCUCACCGUGUUCGUCUCCACGAGGAACUCAAAAGACUAGCGACAUCGAGCGAAGGCUCUGGAACACCAGCUAUUCUCAAGACUUCCAGCCCUGUUGUGGAAGUAGACCCUGCCACGGCGACUGUGAAACUCGAAGAUGGCACCUCAAUCACAGGGGAUUUGGUACUCGGUGCCGACGGUGUUAGCUCAAUAACACGAGAAAUCGUCGCGGGACCUGGUAUCAAGCCUUACGGUUCUGGAAAAAGCGCAUUCAGAUUCAUGAUCCCUCACGAUGCAGUCCGAAGUAACGAAGUCACUAAAGUUUUCACUGAACGCCAAGGAUACAUGACCAUGUGGAUGGGUGAUGACCGUCGAUUGAUCAUGUAUCCCUGCUCCGAUAAUACAGUCAUGAACUUUGUCGCCAUCCAUCCCAGUGCUAUCUCUGCUGGAGCUAACAAAGGAUCCGGUUGGGGACGAGGUGGUAGUAAGGAGUUACUUCUCGAAGUUUAUCGCGACUUUGAGCCGAGGGUUCGAGAACUUUUGAGCUUGGUGGAUGUUGAGGAGUUGAAGCUUUGGACUUUGUUGGACAUGGACCGUAUUCCCACCUGGCAUAAGGACCGUCUGGUUCUCCUUGGAGAUGCCGCGCAUCCAUUCCUACCCCACCAGGGACAAGGUGGUGGAAUUGCCAUUGAGGACGCAGCUUCUUUGGCUGCCCUACUACCUCUCGGCACCACAGUUCAAGAUAUCCCGGAACGACUUGCUUUGUACGAGAAGGUCAGAGAUGAGAGAGCGCAUAAAAUCCAGGACUUUACUAGACAAGCGGGUGAAGAUCUCCAUGGAGAGAAGCGUGCCAAGUUUAACAUCUACAAGUUUCUGGAUUACAACUUUUAUCACGAUGAGUGGCACAACUCAACCAAAGCCCUCAAGGACCAUCUUUGGGCCAAGAACAAGAACUUGCAUUGGAAAUCUCCUGUAUCAUUCGGACCAAUGCCAAGUCCUCGACAGGAUUACUACGGUCGACGACAUACAUCUGAUAACUCCGAGUUCACAACCUGGUCGGUCCGCUUCAAGUCUUCAGCAACAUAUCUCCAGACCCUCUUCCCUACCAAGCAGUUCAGCUUCUACAAGCCCGGAACCGUUGCCGAAGCAACAUUCUCGUGCACUGAACUUCGAGGCAUGAAGUGGCUUGGCGGAGGUGGCUACAAGUUCUUUGGUCUCUGGAUCCAUGGGGUUCAGUACGAGAAGAAGGAUGGUAGCAAGAUCUAUGGAUCUUUCCUUGCUGUUUUGCUUGAGAAUUCAGCGGAUCCUAUCGUCACUGGCCGUGAAGAGCUGGGUAUGCCAAAACUCUUCUGUGAUAUUGAAGUCGAGGACAAGGGUAGCUCUUCCAAUAUCCGAUGUAGUUGGAGAGGUACUCAGUUCGUUGAUAUUACGAUUAACGGUCUUGAGGAAGGCGGUGCAAAGACAAACGGGACAAACGGGACAAAUGGAACGACCAGCCAUGCUCCACCUACCGGUCCUCCAGGUUCAGCACCUCUUCCCGGCGAGCAAGGAACUUUCGUCUACCGAUACGUGCCCUCUGUUGGACAGCCAGGUGUUCCCGAUGCCGAGUAUCCCGUGUUCAUCGAGGAAGGACUAGAAACCACAGCGCGAAAGGUUGAGAACACACUGGCUGGGAGUGGUAGUGAGUUAAACCUCAAGGCAGGUACUUGGGAGACUCUACCGACGCUCAACCAUAUUGCUACUGGGCUCUCUGAGAUUCCAGUCUUUGGAGUUGUAAAGAGUAAGGUGGAGCGGGGGCAAGGUGUCGAUGAUAUUUCUCAUGCGCGGAGGAUUGAGUAG